CAGCUUGCAGGGCUGAGGCCUGUGGUGGAAAUGUAAACUACAGCUGCGCAGGAUAAUUACUGCUAAACUUAGAAUUUUCAGAACAGAGAAACUGUAAGGAUUAAAAAAAAAACUUACAAGAAGUUAAGGCUAUAUACAUCAGGAUAGACAUCAGCACUGAAUAGUUUUAGCAUUACAUUAUUAAGCACAGUAUGUAUAUUAGUUGAGUCAUAUUUCUUCUAGUAAUUUCUGUUGUCUUUUUUUUUCAGCUCCCAUUGUUUCAAUCUCAUUUAAUUAUACUAACCUUUUAGGUUUAGACUCUUUAAGAGAACAAAAAUAUCCUAGAAUAACUUUAAAUCAGCACUAAACUGAAAUAGUAAAACUGUCACAGUAGUGAUCCAGUGAUAAUUGUGGUCCUGGAAAUAUAUGUCCUGUUGACGCAAUGAAAUCGGGUGACAAUAUCAGCAGUGUUAUUUCUCUCUGCAAGAAUGACAAGUUUAAACAGUAUCCAGUUUAACAGUUUCAGUUGGGAAGACAAAUUCAGCUUUUUUCUCGUGUCCUCAGGUCAUUGCAAGAAAUGGUGGCUGUUACUAUUUAUCUGAUGGUCAUCUUGGCUCAAGCUUUUGCGGGGCCCUGCACUCCAAAUAAAGCAGAUGUAAUUCUGGUAUACUGCUAUCCUAGAACCAUCAUUACAAGAAUUCCAGAGUGUCCUUACGGAUGGGAGGUUAAUCAGCUGGCACUUGGAGGCAUUUGUUACAAUGGGAUCCACGACUCAGGAUAUUACCAAUUCACAAUCCCAGACCUGUCACCUAAAAAUAAAUCAUACUGUGGGACGCAGUCAGAGUUUAAGAACCCUGUUUAUCACUUCUACAACUCCAUCGUCUCCAAUGACUCCACAGUGAUCGUGAAGAGCCAGCCUGUGAAUUACUCAUUCACCUGCACGUACAAUGCCAACUACUUGGUGAACCAGGCUGCCUUCGACCAAAGGGUGGCCACCGUCCAUGUGAAGAAUGGGAGCUCUGGCUCAUUUGAAAGUCAGUUAUCUCUCAACUUCUACUCUAAUGCUAAGUUUUCAAGUAUAAAAGAAGCCCCUUUUGUCGUCGAAACAUCAGAAAUUGGUUCUGACAUAUUUGCUGGAGUGGAAGCUAAGGGCUUAAGUGACAGGUUCAAAGUUGUUCUCAACAACUGCUGGGCAACGCCCUCCUCGGAGUACUUCUACCAGGUGCACUGGCCUCUGAUCACCAAGGGGUGCGCCUCGGACUACUCCAUCAUUGUCCACGAGAAUGGGAAAACAAACCGAGCGACAUUUCAGUUUAAUGCCUUCCGAUUCCAAAACAUCCCCAAGCUGUCCAAGGUCUGGCUGCACUGCGAGACGCACGUCUGUGACAGCGAGAAGUUUUCCUGCCCCGUGGUAAGGCCUCCCUCCAAGGGAAACACACGGAGCUAAAUUCAGUGGGUGACCUAGGGGCACGCCAGGUGGGGAGCAGGCAUUAGAUGGAGCCAUCACAAUGCAUUAACCCGAGUGGUGGGCUGUGCACCCUGAUCUCUGUCAUGCCAUGGGUACUAUGUGCAGUGUUGGGCAAUUUGUUUGGAGGUAUUGAGAAAUAAUGUAGUCAUUUAAAACCUCAGUUUUUGUCAACAUUGCAGCCUAGGCUUUUGUUUGGCAAACAGCUACAGCUAAACAAAAGCCUGAAAAAAUAGGAGAAAGUAGAGCAUUUGCCAUUUUACCAUACAUCUCAGUGCUGAGGGCAACCUAGCUCAAAGCAUGCCUCUGCUCAAACAAAACCUCCCAGUCCUCCUUCCUGGGGGAAUUUCCUCUCUGAUACCCACAGCAAGUUACUGCUCUUGGAGCUGUCCUGUUCUGCGGGAAAUACAUAAAUGGUCACUGGAGCAGGAACACUGGCAUCACAGAGCAGGUUUCUACAGCCUUAGGUAGAAAAAUGCAGUUGGUGUGUGGUCUGCUCUAAUUAAGGCUGAACCAAGCAAGGCAUAACCACAGUUACCACAUGCCAAGGUUAUAAAAAUGCCCACAGCUGGGGACCUGCAAAGGUUAGGAAAUGGACAAGGACCUUUAACCUAGUGAGCACUGCCUCCGAUACAGACCUUGUCAGCUGUGAUGGGAGACAUUAGUCCUGAAGAUGAGCUGUAUGGAAGGGAUUUGGUGCUUUCUCUUCAUAUCCAAUGAACAAUAAUUACAGUUUGCAAUAAACAACAACAGAAGUCUUCACAGAGGUCAGGGGUUAAAUAGAUGGAGCUCAGCUACUUCCUUCCUCCUUGACAAGAGGCUUGUUUACAGCUGCAUGGAAAAGGCAGCCCACUGACAGCCACUGUACAGGCUGUGGCACACCAAAAUCCUCAUCCAAUGCACAGCAAAGGCUUUCCUUGAACACCAAAAAGUCCCAGUGAUUACAGGAAAAUAAAAAAAAACAAUGGUCCCUAGAAAACAUGCAGCAAAAUUGAUACAGAUUUCAUUUACUUGGUUGGAAACAUAAGAAUUGGGUUUAGAUGUAUAUAUACAUAGGUUAAUUUUGGGAGGUAUACAUGGCUUUCUCUCUGAUUUCUUGAGACAUGUGACAAACGAAAACAGCGCAUGGAACAAACCGGAGGUGUUUUAGUGGCGGAGAUCUCUGUGCGCAGUAAGUGCCUGGGUUCCUGGGGUGGUUCUCCCUUUGGGAAGCAGCGAAUGGGGGAGCAGC